AUGAGCACCUGUUCAGCCGAGUCUAAGUCAGUGUCAUCGCCAUCCACAGUUUUUGCUUGUAAUAGGACAACAACAACAAUCUGCAACAACAAGCAAUGGUUCCACAGUACACCGACUGUUUCCUUGGCCGAACGAAAACGACGCCGUCGCCGGGGUGGAGGUCCUACCGAAGAGAGCAGCAGCGAUGAGAAGAAAUAUGAAGAUCAUUCACCCGUAACGGACCCAUUGGAGUUUGAAAAAGCUGGAUUGGCCAUUUUGGAAAAGUUGCACACGGCCAUCAAGCCCAUGCAAGCCAUUAACGACCCCUUUGAUGUGGUACGAACGAUCGACAGCUUGACCAUUCAAGUGGAUCCUUCCUAUGGCAGAUACGAAAUUGAAGUCGAUUACGACGAACAUAUUUUGAUCCUAAGAAGUCCCAUCAGUGGAGCCCACAGCUACUUUUUCUUCAACAAGACACAAGAAUGGGUGGAUACUGUGGACUAUCAUUCCUUGGAAGGAAUAUUUGUUCGUGACUUGAUUCGACAUUGCAAGGGUGUCCCCAAGCUAUGA